GUGUAAUCGGAAAAUUCUCAAUAUUUUUCGAGAUUAUACAAAAAUUACAGAUGACAUUAUGAAAUUAUAAUGAAUAACUUUUGUAAUUUUUCAAUUAUUAUAUUUCAUGCAGAUUUAGUAUAAGAUUUCUUCAUAUAUUUCAGGCACUUUACUUAAUAAUGAUUUGUUUCAAAGGAUGAUUUACGUUUCUGUAAUAUUAAAAACAUAGGAAUUAAAAUAAACAUAAUAAUGUGUAAUAAUACCGGAAUACAGCUACGUAUUUUGAUAUUGUAAAUUUUUAUACGAUUCAAAUAUAUCAUGGCAGAAAAAUUUCGAUCGUUAAUGAAAGUAUUAAACAACGAAAUAAAUAAACAUCAACUGUUUAAUGCAACUACAAGAAUUAGUAGCGUCACUGGAAAGGCACAAGAAAAGUUAAACAAUAUACAAAGUGCAGUUGCUGCAAAGUAUGAUGUUCUUGCAAAGCAAAUCAAUAAUGAUUUAACAAUAAUUCAAAAUGUAAAUGGAUCACAAUUAGCACCAAGUCCGUUACCAAAGAAAGUUAUAAAAUGGUGGCAAUGGUAUCAACAAAUAACAGGUUUGGACAAGGUUGAAAUAGCCAAACAACAAGUGAUCUUUGCGCAAGACAAGUUGUUCAAAUGUCAAGAUGAAAGGAGACAAUUGAAUCGUGAAGCAAUGUUAAUAAAUGAGAAAUUAAAGGAAGUAUAUUCUGAACUUAUUCAAAUUAAGAGGGAUGAUCCAAAGUACGUACAAUUGACAAUAGUGGAAAACAAAAAUCUUCAAGAUCAAGCAAAGAUUAUAACAGAGCUUAAUUUGUUAGAGAAAGAGGAAAAAGAACAUUUCACAUUAUUAGCAACUGCUAUUAAAGAAUAUCAUGAUAGUCAAACAAUAAAUGCUCAAAAGCAUAAAUACUUAUCUAUUGUUGCAUCUGCUCUAUUAGCAGUCGUAUCAUUGGUAGCUUCAAUAAUAUAUAACAAUAUAAGGGUAGCAAAUAUUCAAAACAUUUUAUCUGAAGCACAAGAAAAGAAUGAAAAUGUGCUCAGAAAUAGUUUUCUAUCAUUAGAAAGUAGUUUAAAUACAAUUCGUAAAACAAUAGAAAAGAAUAGCGAAUCAAAAGUAGUCAUGGUUAAUGAAGAAUUAGAUAAUAGUAAUAUUACAGAACUGCAAAGAGCUUGUGUUGUAUUUGGGGUAUGUAUUGUUGGCAUAUAUAUACUGAGAUCGGUAAUUGGUUAAAGGUUACCUUUCAAUUCAUAGUAAUGAAUUUAUUUGAAAUAAUUAUUUAGUAACAGAGAUUUAUUCGUUUAUCAAUGUUUUAUAAAUAAAUAUAUAAUACAUGUAUAUAUUUAAUUAUAUAGUGAAAUAAAAAAUACAUUAAUAUAUGCAUUUAAUUGGAUAUAUUUUAUGUUUUGUAGUAUUUUAUUCUCAUGUUAUUUAGUUGCAUUGCUUUUUGUAUAAGAAACUGAGGCUAUAAUUUUCUCAGAAAAAUACACAUAUAUAUUUUAUAAAUAAAUUGAUAAAUAAAUAUGAUAAACUGGGCAAAUACAAUGUGAUAUUUUUAUAUGGACAAUCGUUUAACUAAUUUUUAUCUGCAAUAAAUGAUUUUAUUAAAAAUAAAGUGAAAUUGUUAUGUGUUAAAUAUUAAGCAAUUUAAAUUUUAAUUAUCUGAAUUAUUUUAUGUAUUCCAGGAUUUCCAUUCCAUACCAUCUGGUAGCUUUACUUCAACUUUUCCUUUGCUCACUUCUGACCAAUUUGUGCUUAACACUGUACCACCAGACUCUUG